AUGUCAGCGAAAGGCCGCGAAGACAGCGUCGAGGAGAAGGUGGCCUCCAUCGUCAAACAGCAGGUCUCGGAUGUCUCGGUUACUGAGAGCGACAGUGAGCUCCUCUCAGCAGAUGCGAGGCCUGCCGCGGAACGGAGGCUCGUCCGACAGUUGGACCUCAGACUCAUGCCGACCAUCAUCGUCAUAUUCAUAAUGAACUACAUUGACCGGAGUGCGGUCUCCUCGGCGCGCUUACAAGGACUUACUCAAGAUUUGCAUUUAACACAAAUCCAAUACUCGACAGUACUGGCAGUCUUAUGCGCAUCAUACGUCCCUGCACAAAUUCCUUCGAAUAUGAUCCUGAAUCGCAUCGCGCGCCCUUCGUAUUACAUUCCUGCGUGCGUGAUCCUCUGGGGAUUAGCCAGUGCUUUGACCGGCGUCACCCACAAUUAUGCCGGGAUCGUUUUAUGCCGGAUCGCCAUCGGAUUUCCUGAGGCUGCCUUCUAUCCAGGUGCCAUGUAUCUCUUGUCUCGCUGGUAUACGCGCAAGGAGCUCGCAUUCCGAUCGGCCGUCAUCUAUGGCGGUCUUCUUAUCUCCAAUGCCUUCGGAAACCUGAUGGCCGCCGGCAUACUCUCGGGCAUGCAAGGAAAGCGAGGAAUCGCGGCAUGGCGAUGGUACGUCAUACCGGGUUCGAUCUCCAUAUCUAUCGGAAUACUAGCCAUCUUCGUUCUCCCAGAUUAUCCCCACAACACACGAUGGUUGACGCCUGCCGAACUGAGACUUGCGCAGGUCCGUCUCGCUGAAGACACCGGUGAAGCCGACGAGGAUGGCGCGCACGACACUGCAUGGACCGGCCUUGUGCAAGCGCUCAAAGACCCGAAGGUGGCCAUCUUCUCUAUUAUGAACUGUUCGCAAUUGCUGGGGCUCGGCUUUAUCAACUUCUUCCCCACCAUCUCGGCUACCCUGGGUUUCUCGACGACGGUUUCUCUGUUGCUUUGCGCCCCACCAUGGAUCUAUGCAACCAUUGUUUGUGCGGUUAAUGCCUGGAGUGCUGACAAGACUGGAGAGCGGUUCUUCCACCACUGCUGGCCUUGGUGGGGCGUCCUGGUGGGGUACAUCAUCGGCGCCUCGACGACCUCCACCGGAGCCCGAUACUUCGGCAUGUUCCUCAUGGCCGCUGGCUACUCCGGCAUGUCUUCAUCUUCCUCGUCGACCCGCUUUGCACUCACCGCGGUCUGGGUGGCCAACGCCAUACCGCGCCCUCCGGCCAAGCGCUCGGCGGCCAUCGGCAUCGUGAAUGGCAUCGGCAAUAUGGGAAACCUCAUUAGCUCGUACACGUGGCAAUCGCAAUGGGGCCCCGAUUACCAUCCUUCGAUGUAUAUUGGGAUCGCGUGCCUGUCGUUCAGCACUAUCCUCGCGUUCGUCAUUCGCUGCCUCUUGAUUCGCGAGAAUCAGCAGCUCGAACGCAACGAGCUCGAGGACCUCAAGGGCGCCAAACGCGAGCGGAUCGAGGAAGCGGCAAGAUUGGAAGGCCUUACAUUCGAGCAGGCGCUUGAGCGAAAGCGAGGUUUCAGGUACCUGUAUUGA